AUGUUUUUUAAAAUUACGAUGUUUCGGUUUGUGUUAAAUACAAUUUUAAUGAUUUCCGCUGUUUCACAGGUGCGUGGAUUGAAUAAAAAUAUAUCGAAUACUUCAAAUAAUUUUCAUCAUACGAAAAAUGAACCUAGUUUCUUGAUCCUAAAGGAUAUUCAUGGUAAUAUGUAUAAAUAUAUUUAUCCAAAUGAUAUGGACCAAUUUUCUAAGAUGAGUACUCUCGGUAAUAAAAAUUCUUCUACGGUGAUACAUCUACCGCCGGGAAUAUUGAAAACUGAAAAUAGUCCCAGUAAAAUAGUUAUUAGUCGUGUAGAUAAUCCGAAAAAAACGUCUGAGAGACCACAGAUCCUUAUCCAAAAAAGUACAAUCAUUGAUCACGCGCCUACACAUUCUUUGCUUGGUAAUGAUAAAGGCGAUGAAAAAGAGAAACGUAAAACCAUUGUAGAGGAUAUAUUACCGACGACCGAAAGAAGAAAUUCUAAUGAAAACCAUACUACCGUUUUUAAAAAUGAAAUCGAAUCAACCGAGACUACUACUAUAGAAAACAGUAAAAACGAACAUGAAGCUCAAACAGAUGACGAUGACGAUGACGAUGGCAAAGACAAUAACAAAAAUGACCCGAUAUUAAAAUCAGCACCAAAUCCACGCAUUUUUUCAUCGAAAAAAGGUAGUGAAAACCAUGAGAACGAACAACAAAAUGUAUACAAAUCUAGCGACAUUCGUAACAACUUAAUAUUAUUGGUCAAAAAUGACAUUAAAUUAAAACUAUUUAUAAAUUCAAACGGAAUAUUGAACAAAUCAUCUCCAGCGAACAGUAGAAAAAAUCCAACAGUACAAUUAAACGACGAACUUUCCACCGAAGAUGACACAACGAUUAAUGACUCUCCAACCCCAAUAGUUGAUGUAGAGUGAUAAAAUAUUUCAUUAAAAUACUGACAACGAUCUUGCUUAUGAUCGUAUGAAUUGUAAGAAUCU